GUUUGGAGGCAUCUUUGAGCUCGUGGAGUAGACAUCACGAGCAAAGCUCACCCUCCCGAGUUGAAGAAAUUUAUGGACAAGAAGUUAUCAUUGAAAUUAAAUGGUGGUAGACAUGUCCAAGGAAUAUUAAGGGGAUUUGAUCUCUUUAUGAACCUUGUGAUAGAUGAAUGUGUGGAGAUAGCAACUAGUGGGCAACAGAACAAUACUGGAAUGGUGGUAAUAUGAGGAAUAGUACCAUCAUGUUAGAAGCCUUGGAACGAGUACGAACAACAGCUGUCUUCAACAGAG